AUGCCUAGAGGAGACGAAUACGAAGACGACGAAGAUUUGGAGCCAGAAGAUGGUGAUGAGUAUGGCGAAGAUCUGUACGAAGAAGAACCUGAGGAUGAAGACGAUGAGGACGACUAUGGCAGCGCAAGAGGCGCUAAAGCAAGCGCAAAGAAGCGUCGGAGAUCGGAUUUUAUUGAUGAUGUUGCGGAGGAAGACGAUGAUGAGGAGGAAGAAGACGACGAUGCUUAUGCUCGCGCGCGCCGCCAUAAGAAGAGCCGUGGAGGUGGGUUUAUUGAUGAUAUUGCGGCGGAAGUUGAUGAUGAAGAUGAAGAAGAGGAGGAUGGAGAAGAUGAUUUUAUUGUAGACAACACAACAGAUAUUGCCGAGGAAGAUGAGAGAAGGAUGCAUCGGCGACCUUUGCUGCCUAGAGAGGAGCAGGAAGAAGAUGUUGAAGAUCUUGAGAGGAGAAUACAGGAACGGUAUGCUCGGUCAAGUCAGGCAGAGUAUGAUGAAGAGACUACAGAUGUGGAGCAGCAGGCCCUUUUACCAUCUGUUCGGGAUCCCAAACUGUGGAUGGUGAAAUGUGGGAUUGGCCGUGAAAGGGAGGUUGCUGUAUGUCUCAUGCAAAAGUUUAUUGAUAAAGGAUCUGAGUUGCAAAUUCGUUCUGUUGUAGCUCUUGAUCACCUGAAGAAUUUUAUUUAUGUUGAGGCUGACAAAGAAGCCCAUGUUAGAGAGGCCAUCAAGGGAAUGCGCAACAUAUUUCCUAGCAAAAUAACACUGGUCCCGAUCAAAGAAAUGACUGAUGUUCUGUCUGUUGAAACAAAAGCAAUUGACCUCUCCAGGGACACCUGGGUGAGGAUGAAAACUGGGACCUACAAAGGAGAUCUAGCAAAGGUUUUGGAUGUGGACAAUGUACGGCAAAGAGUAACAGUGAAGUUGAUUCCACGGAUAGAUUUGCAAGUUCUUGCGAGCAAGUUGGAGGGUAGAGAUGUCGCCAAGAAAAAAGCAUUUGUUCCUCCGCCUCGAUUUAUGAAUAUAGAGGAAGCUAGGGAUCUGCAUAUACGUGUUGAGCGAAGGAGGGAUUCUAUGACAGGGGAUUACUAUGAAAAUAUAAACGGAAUGAUGUUUAAGGAUGGAUUCUUGAUUAAAUCUGUAUCCAUAAAAUCUAUCAGUACUCAGAACAUACAGCCCACUUUUGAUGAAUUGGAGAAGUUCCGACAUCCCGGUGAAGGUGAUGGUGACAUUGGCAGUUUGUCAACUUUAUUUGCGAAUAGAAAGAAAGGGCAUUUCAUGAAGGGUGAUGCUGUUAUUAUUGUUAAGGGAGAUCUUAAGAAUUUGAAGGGAUGGGUUGAGAAAGUUGAGGAUGGAAAUGUACACAUAAGACCAAAUGAGAAGGGCCUUCCGAAAACACUUGCAAUUAAUGAAAAAGAUCUUUGCAAGUAUUUUGAACCAGGGAAUCAUGUUAAGGUUAUUUCUGGCUCUCAUGAAGGUGCAACUGGUAUGGUUGUGAAGGUUGAUGGCCAUGUGCUGAUAAUAAUAUCUGAUACAACUAAAGAGCAUCUUCGAGUUUUUGCUGAUCAUGUUGUUGAAAGCUCCGAAGUGACAACAGGUGUCACAAAAAUUGGAGACUAUGAGCUGCAUGAUCUUGUGCUGUUAGACAAUACGAGCUUUGGUGUAAUCAUACGAGUAGAAAGUGAAGCUUUCCAGGUGCUCAAAGGGGUUCCAGAUCGCCCUGAGGUUGUGCUAGUGAGGUUGAGAGAGAUAAGAUCCAAAAUUGAUAAGAAGUUGUUUGCACAAGAUCGAUCUAAGAACCCUGUAGCUGUGAAGGAUGUUGUCAGGGUUCUUGAGGGGCCGUGCAAGGGAAAACAAGGCCCUGUUGAGCACAUAUUUAGAGGAGUUUUGUUCAUAUAUGAUCGUCAUCAUCUUGAGCAUGCUGGAUUUAUAUGUGCCAAGUCUCAGUCAUGUCUAGUUGUUGGUGGCUCAAGAGGAAACAGAGAUAAUAAAAUAGGUGACCCGUUGUCAAUUUUGAGAACUCCACAACGAAUGCCUCAAUCUCCUGGAAGACUACCACCAAGGGGUCCUCAAUCAGAUUUUGGAGGAAGGAAUAGAGGAGGUGGAAGAGGGCAUGAUUCUCUCAUAGGGACUACAAUUAAAAUACGUCUCGGGCCUUACAAGGGUUACCGAGGACGUGUGAAGGACAUUAAGGGUACAACUGUACGAGUUGAGUUGGAAUCUCAGAUGAAAGAGGUCACAGUUGAGCGAAGUUUUAUAUCUGAUAAUGUGACGGUUACUACACCAUACCGGGAACCAACACGAUAUGGUAUGGGCAGUGAGACUCCUAUGCAUCCUUCACGCACACCAAUGCAUUCGCACAUGACUCCUAUGAGAGAAGCGCGAGCUACUCCCAUUCAUGAUGGUAUGAGGACACCAAUGCGGAGUCGUGCAUGGAACCCAUAUGCCCCAAUGAGUCCAGCGAGGGAUGACUGGGAGGAAGCAAAUCCUGCUUCUUGGGGAACAAGUCCACAGUAUAGGCCUGGAAGUCCCCCCUCGAGACCAUAUGAUGCCCUUACUCCUUCAGGCUGGGCUCCAACUCCCGGUGGCAAUUAUACUGACCCUGCGACCCCAAGAGAUGGUGCUUCAGCAUAUCCCAAUGCUCCAAGUCCUUAUUUACCGUCAACACCUGGAGGGCCCUUAACGCCAAGUUCUGUGUCGUAUCUACCUGGUACUCCUGGCGGGCAACCGAUGACGCCUGGUGGUGGCGGCCUUGAUAUGAUGUCUCCUACAAUAGGUGGUGAGAAUGAAGGAUUAUGGCUCAUGCCUGAUAUUUUGGUAAAUGUGGUCAAGUCAGGUGAUGAUAGCAUGGUGGGAGUUGUGCAGGAUGUGCUAGCGGAUGGUUCUUGCCGAAUUGCACUUGGAACAAGUGGCAAUGGUGAGGUCAUAACUGCCCUGCCAAAUGAGAUUGACUUGAUUACUCCAAGGAAAGCUGACAAAAUCAAGAUUAUGGGAGGUGCACAACGAGGGUUUACAGGUAAAUUGAUUGGGGUGGAUGGUUCCGAUGGAAUUGUAAAAGUAGAUGAAUCACUCGAUGUUAAGAUAUUGGAUAUGGGUAUUCUGGCGAAGUUGGCACAGUCCUGAUGCAAAUUAUUUGAUUUUCCGAGAUGGUGUAAAUUUUGUUCCAUGAAGCACAAUGUAUAUUUUAGAUAGAUUAAUAGGGACAAUUUAUAGGUCUUUUUCCCCUACUUGUAGGUUGAUAUCUAUUUUUUUUUUUACUUAGCUGCAAUAAUUUAAAAUUACCAAGUUUCGAAGGGGGUGUUGGAAUAAAACAAGGGGCUUGGUGAUUCCAGUUGUGCCAAUCCCUUCAUACCCAAAAAUUACCUUGCUUUGCAUUCCAGUAUCUUUAAAUCCAACCUUUUCUACGAUGUCUCUUAUUCCA